AUGUGCGUAGUUAACGUCAACAAUAUGGUUAGUAACAAAGGUAACAGCUUUCCUGAAGACGUGACUCUCUCACAAUGGCAGCCAUUCACGAAGCAAAUGUGGUGGCUUACAGCAUCGCAACUGAAAUCGUAAACGAUGUCAUCGUUAACGACGAUAUUUUCGAUGAAAAUGACGAGGACAGCGAUACAGAUACAGAUGGUAUUUGCAUAAUCGUCGGACAAACAGUAAGUUCGACACAGACCGAACAGAAAGGCGACGAUUCAAAUGACGGCAGUGAUGAAACUGACAAUUACAUCGACUCGAUGACUUCAAGAUCAGAGGAUAUGACAAUAGACGAUUGGGAAAAGGAUGUUUUUGUUGACGCACAAGAGGAAACGAGCCAAGAAAACUUCGGGAGCGCCACAUCUGUAUUGACUAUGGAAGCGGAUGAAGAUCUCGAAGUGGAUAAAUCUGUUCGUGAGACCCUCAAUAGAGUAAUAGAAUUACUGCAAUCUGAAGAAGCGGUCUCUACGGACCAAACUUCGUCAAUCAGUGCAAUUUCCCCCGCUGAUAUCAUCUGUGUUCAACCAGACCCAAACACAAACUCGGAUUCGAUCACUGUCGCAACUGACGAAACACCGGAAAAUGUAAUUCAUACUGUUAGCAACGAUCCAACGUUGACAGAUUUAGAAGAUCUUGACGGCGAGGUUGAAUAUUUCGACUCUUAUGCCGUGUUUAGCCCAUUUGGCGGUGGACCAAACGUUGUGUGCGCUACCGAGUCUAAUUAUGUACCCGAUACGUCCAUUGACACCGCGUCCGGUAUAUUCAGUGAAAGAUCAUACCAGAUGUCGGAUACAAAUACUGUCAACUUUUCGCCUCACUACUACGCUAACGUCCAUACGACGCAUACUCAAAGUUACAAUGUCGGAUAUGAGUAUCCCGUGGCUGAUGUCUCCCCACUAACUGAUAAUUUUCCCGAGAAUCACGUGCAAAAUUUCGGGGACACCUUGGAGUCUCAGUGUCCGGCACCGAAUGGACUGGAAAACCAGGUCAACAUUGGAGCCGAUAGUCUGACAAUUCACGUUAGUCAGCGGAUUGGUGGAAGCGACAUGAAGAACCCAAACGAAAUGCACAAUUAUUAUGAGUCUCCUUAUGACGGCCAAGAUGGCGACGCAGAGAUCUCAUGCCCACCAUGUGACAAUCCAAGAGAAGUAACCACAGAUUGGUACACAUCUCCUACUUCGGCCGACGAAGUCGACACAUCUGCGGACAUAGUUUCAAUGGAAGGGAAUGUCGAUCAGACUGGAGUUAAGAAAUUGGAAGUAUCGUUUACAAAAUCGAAUUCAGGCUCAUCGAACAAACAGAAACCUGUCGAUCCUGUAACAAACUCGAACGAUAUCCUCCCUUUGUUUCACAACUCUUCGCUGAAUCCGGAAUGUGAACCAUUCAUUCCCAUGCAAAACUACAACAAUCAGUAUACAGUUUAUAGCAAUGGUGAUAGCUCCAGCCCUACAACAGGAUCUCACCCCGUAGCUCUAUCAUAUGAUGAAAAAUCCCACGUCCCGGCAUAUGACCCAGACCCCAGGAAUACAACCAUUUUCCAGGGACAGACCUAUAUGUUUCCUGCACAUCAAUACACAAGCAAUGGAUUCUUCCUGGAACCAAGACCACAAUUCGGUCCCGGACAAUCAGCAUAUCCUGUAUAUCCAAGAAAUUCUACGACACAAAAUCCAGAUUUUUAUCAAGUGCAGCCAUCGUUUCAACAAACAGAUUCACAGUUUGGCAUCAGUAACCAGCAACAGCAGUACCCUAUCACAGCGAACGGUAAUCAAUCAACCGACUUCCGGUACCCAGCGAUUUACUUGUCCGAGGCUGGUCUGAUGACGGUGCUGUUGCGUCACGACUUCACCGUAGAGAUGACCGUAGAUCAGGUGAUACGUGUGGUCAACCACAAGAAAAAGCUGGUGGCACUGGUCAACAGCGAAGGGACGGAGAGUUACGUAUUCCAUCCUGCGGCGCGGAUCACACAAGACCUUGAGAUCGUUGAAGUUGAAGUGUUCCUGCAACGGAAAGUGAAGAUGACCACAGAGCAUAUUACAUUCGCUAACAACUUCAAAUGUUACAAGUUUGACCACGAGGACAUCGAAGAAGCAGAACCUGAAUUCGCUGACAUGCGCAAUGACCUAUCUGUUGACUUCCUCUUCUCGUCAGAUAGCUGCAGCGACAUCGAUAUCAUUGCACAACGCGCGGCGAAAUUGGCAGAGGAAGCAAAGAUUGAACACGGCGAAAACGGAUGGUGUGUUGUCAAAAUCAACGGAGUCAAAAUCAUUCAGAACGAGAGAGGUGAAGUAACUGUCAAUUCCGGACCGAAAUUCAUCAGAAUGUAUCCAAAUAAUAUGUCACUACAACUCAAAUCGAACUUCCUAGAGGUCAGAAUCGGAAUCAACUGGAGCGUGAAGGUUAGUCGCGGUUCCCACGUGCUGACCGCCAGCCACUGUGGAUUCAUUGUCUCGAACGGUCGAAUAGAAGCUGGAUUUGACGACGCUAACAAGCCUUUCGCUUGUCUCCUUCCCCGACGCGUGCCAAUAUUAAACGAUCACCGGAAGUUCCGACGCCGUCACGGAGCAGGAACCCAUAUCUGGCGCAGGAGCAGGACAGCGGACGAUGAUUAAUUAAUUAUGGCCAUGUAAGAUCAGUUCGUUUGAAAUUUGCACCAGUGAUGAUCUAUUUGUUUACGACAAACAUUGUUGACAUUUUCAACUCGUAUUGAUUUUUUCACGAAAUCAUGAGUUCAAUCAAAUCACAAUAUACAUUCUAACAAUGGAAUCGUCUCUGGUUUUUGUUAUCAGUAACUGGUUCCUGCCAUGUGACCGUAACUUUUUAAAACUUUUGAAACGGCACACUAAGUUUCCGUUGAAUCAUGUUCAUAUUAAAAGGGUUCAGACA